AACCAUGAUUAAUUCUUAUUGAUAAACUUAUCUUAUCAUUUUGUAUAAAUCAGGUUUAUGAUAACACUAAUAAAUCGUGUUUCAAUCAGUGGUAGCAAAAAUGAAAAUUUUUUAUAUUUUAAUUUUGGGGCUCUUUACUGGUGUUUGUUCGCAAACAAGUUUCGGAAAUUUGGAGAUUGUUUCAGAAUUAACGCCUGAAAGCUGUUUCAAAAAUAGUGCUAGGUACAUACAGGCCGAUGAAAAAACUGGUUUCCCGCGUUGUACUAACACAUGGGGUGCCGAUGCUGAUUUAGGUAAUUGUGAACUGUUCUUCAGGCCGGGUUUCACACAAUGCAAUAAACCACUCGUUUACAACCCGACCAGCUGUACUAAAGAAGGAAAAUUUGGGCCUAUACAAUGCAAAGGAGAAAGAACCACUGGAAGAUGUUUCUGUUUCGACGAAGACGGAAAUCGACUUUUUGGACAACAGUGGUGGGCACAAGCAGAAAAUAUGACUUGUGCCUGCAGUAGAAGAAAAGCCGAAAUGUUAGUUGAGGACUCCGAAAAUUAUGUCUUCUUCAACAGUUUGCACUGUAACAGUAUGGGAAAUUAUGAACCGCUACAGUGUGAUGUUGUGAGUGAACAGUGUUGGUGUGCCGACGAACAAACGGGAGAUCUGACGUCGCCAGUUGUGCCACAAGUAGCUGUAUCAAAGUUACCUUGUUACAACUCUCUUGAAGUCGGCACACAAUAUCUCCGUCAGUGCGAAAACAAACUCUUCGCACAGAAAAACAUAGAACACCAGUUAAAGCUACGUGGAACUACUGCAAGUUUUGGGACUUUUCUUUGCGAUGGUGAUGGUUCAUACGGCGUAUUUGCAAUUAUUGAUGGGCUGGGUUACUGUACUUGGAGAGACAACACAAAAAUCGGUUCAUACUCUUCUGGAGAUCCAGAUCCGGCUAAACAAAAUUGCAAUUGUGCAAGAGACACGAAAAUUUUUGCCGACAAUGGAAAGACCCAACUUCUGAAAUGUAGUUCUAAUGGGAAUUACCAGUCUUACCAGGGAAAUGGUCAAAACACGUACUGUGUUGAUCCUGAUGGUUACAAAAAAUCCGACGGUCCUGUGGAUUUUGGUGAUAAGCCUGACCAGGUCUGCGCAGCUUAUCCCUCCUACGUAGAACAAUGUAACGAUUCUCCGUCAUUUUUCUUUAGCUAGGUUUGUUUUUGUAUAUUGUUAAAAUUUAUUGUAUGUCCUAAAAUAAUAAAUCUUCUCAAAAAUGAA